AGUCAGCGAGCAAGUAGUGGUGGUGAUACUUGUGACAGCUCACCAAAUUCACCAGUGGCGACCCUCUCAUAUUUAUCAGUACGUAGUGGUUAUCGGUUUGCUAAAAUUGUAUGUUGGCACACCCACCCCAAAAAUUUAGCAGAUUUGAAGGAAAAGGGGUUGCCAAUUUUGUGAUGGUGUGAACAAAUUGGUGCUUACGGGCCUGAUUUUUGCUAGACUCACCUGGCCUGAAGAAAUGAAAAAGAGUUGAUUGAAUUGAAUCUUGAGUUCAUACUUUUAGUGAAGUGAAGUGAGGAUGGAAUUAGAGACAGUUUACGGUUUGUUGUUUAAUAAGUAAUUUGUAAUUAAUUAAUUGGUGUGAGUGGGGUUGAGACGGAUUGACUGGAUAAGUUAAGGUUGAGAGUGGUUUGUCGGGUGUGGAUUUUUUUGGAACGGAAGGAUAACGGCGAAUUUUUUUGGAAACCAUAUCAGAGUCUGCAUUUAAAAAGGAACCAGCUUUUCAUCCCCUCGUCCCAUUGUCUGUCUGGCAAGAAAAGAAAGUGAAAGGAUUCUAAUAUAUUAUUGGAUGCAUGGAUUUACACUGUAUCUCCGAGAUUAACGCUAAUGUCAAUACAUAAUUACAGGAAGAAUGAAUACGACUUGGUAGGAAUUUAGAUUGUUGCGUAACAUCAUCGUACAAAGACUAAUUUGCAGGCGGGGAGUCUUCUGCUGGUGUGCUUUCAAGAAAACUUACAUGUCCUACAGAUUAGGUUAACCAACUGUCCAGUCAUGCAAAUCUUUUUGAGAAAAUCUGCCAUUCAAAAUCAGUCAGAAGAAUAUCAGUCAAAGUGUGCAGUGCAGUGCUAAUAAUUUCAGUUGCAGAAUGAUUUUUUUGUGACAUCCACAACAUUAUUUUUAACAUAUCAACAAAGACAACGAAACAAAUCAUUCAACAUUCAAAAAUCAAGAUCAUUAAUUAAUUAAUUACUUGUAGUAAUUAAACUAUAGCUAUUUAUUUAUCAACUUUAGUAUUUAAAAUGGUUUUAUAGUCCAGUGAUAUCAAUAUUUCUGUUCUGUCGGUUGUGAUUUUACACAUUCCAUUAGAAAUAUUUUUUAAUUUCCUCGUAAAUUACAUGAGUCAUCAUAUCGACGCCUGUAUGUUGAACUUGUAUGAAACCAUUGCUUCCAUUUUAUGCAAAUCGAAAUCUAAAUCGGUAUUAUUGGGUGUUUAAUUCAUAUCGCCAAUUAAAUAUCAGAAAUAAUUAUAUCAAAUCAACAAAUUGUAAUUAACUGAAACUUAAAAAUAGUAAAAUAAUUAUUGACAAUAAUAGCGUUUUCAACGAAUAAUGUACAGAAACAGGAAAUUGUUGUAACACACAAGAACUCAAACAUAAUUUAGGAGUGUAUAAGCUAGAACGACGCUAAUGCAAAAUGCGAUUUAGAAUGCAGACGUGUAAGAUCAUUUUAGCCACCUCGCUUAUAUGGUUUUUGGUAGAUGUAGUUGUAUUGCUCUAUUAUACGGAUGGGGGUAGUGGGGGUGGAAAUGACGUCAAGGGUCCGUCGGCCGACCCGCUAGUUCAUAGUGAUGAUAAUCAAGUAGGAAAUUUUGGGAAUAAUCGGGUAGAAGAUGGUGGGGAAGAGGAAGACGAAUUUAAUGAUAAGCUACAAUAUCCAAAACGAGAGUUGCACUUGUGGGACAAAGCUGCAGUCGUUACAGAGUCGAAAGGAUCACCGGGAGAAAUGGGAAAACCUGUUAAACUGCCCCCUGCAGUAGAACGAUUAGUAGCCGAUAAGUUUAAGCUAAAUCAGUUCAACGUAUUAGCGUCAGAUGCAAUUUCUCUUAAUCGUUCCUUACCUGAUGUUCGUCUAAGCGGGUGCCGAAACAAGGAAUAUGCAAAAUAUCUUCCAGAUACUUCAGUAAUUAUAGUUUUUCACAACGAGGCGUGGUCAACAUUACUGAGAACUGUUCAUUCAGUAAUCAAUAGAUCCCCACAACCCUUAAUCAAAGAGAUUAUAUUAGUUGAUGAUGCUUCCGAACGAGACUUUUUGGGCAAGAAACUAGAAGAAUAUGUCGCCCGUCUUCCAACUUCGGUUAGAGUAUUUAGAACGGGGAAACGUUCGGGUUUGAUCCGUGCAAGACUUCUCGGUGCCAAAAAUGCAAAGGGUAAAGUAUUGACUUUCCUGGAUGCACAUUGCGAGUGCACCGAAGGAUGGCUGGAGCCCUUGUUACACGAGAUAGCCAUCGACAAAAAAUCAGUCGUUUGUCCAAUAAUUGAUGUCAUUUCUGAUAAUAACUUUGAAUACGUGACCGCUUCAGAUAUGACGUGGGGGGGAUUUAAUUGGAAGUUGAAUUUCCGAUGGUAUCGUGUUCCCCAGAGAGAAAUGGAAAGACGCAACGGGGACAGGACAUUGCCAUUACUAACUCCUACCAUGGCUGGAGGAUUGUUUUCCAUUGAUAAAGACUAUUUCUACCAAAUUGGAUCCUACGAUGAAGGGAUGGAUGUUUGGGGCGGCGAAAAUUUAGAAAUGUCGUUUCGGGUAUGGAUGUGUGGUGGAAGAUUGGUUAUUACGCCAUGCUCUAGAGUCGGACACGUAUUUAGAAAAACCACCCCUUACAGCUUCCCCGGGGGGACAUCUCACAUUGUCGACCGAAAUAAUGGACGACUUGCAGAAGUCUGGCUCGAUGAAUGGAGACUGUUUUAUUACGCAAUGUUUACAGGAGCCCGAACCGUAGAUGUUGGAGACGUAUCUGCUCGCGUCAAAUUGAGAAAAGAUUUAAAGUGUAAGAGCUUUAGAUGGUAUUUGGAGCAUAUUUAUCCAGAGUCACCUAUGCCUCUGGAUUAUUAUCAUCUUGGUGAAAUUCGUAACGAGGAGACACAAUACUGUUUGGAUACGAUGGGAAGAAAGAGUGGAGAAGUUGUAGGAAUGGGAUAUUGUCAUGGGCUGGGUGGUAAUCAAGUUUUUGCGUACACGAAGCGACAGCAGGUAAUGUCGGACGACAACUGCUUGGAUGCCACCUCUUCUAAUAAUGCUCAAGUUAAGCUUGUGAGAUGUCACGGCCUUGGAGGGAACCAAGCUUGGCAUUACAGUCAGACGGAGAGAAGUAUAAAGCACGUGUCAAGUGGAAAGUGCCUCGCUCGACCCACGGACGGUGACGUUACUGCCCCACUUUUAUCAAAAUGUGAUGGAACUGAUGGUCAAAAGUGGAUAAUGGAUUCCAAAUUUAAAUGGCAAGCAGCAAAUGAUGCAGAGGAAUAGCUUCAAAAAUCCGACACCAUAGUAGACUGAAUACGCACUGAUUCUGAAUCAAUAGUCAAUUUAUAUAUUGUUUUUCACUUGCAUUAUUAUCAUCAAGACUAUAAUAGGAAACUAAACUACACGUAUAAAUUCCCAUCAAUCAACAAUAAUUUUAUACACAGAAAAAAUUUGCUAAUUGCGUAGGAAAAUAUAAAGAAAGUACUUAUUACGUGUACCUAAUUUUAACAUACAUUCGUAAACCAGGGACAUUCCAAUCAAGACAUUUCAAAAUGUAAAGUACUUAUGUAAAUCUAAUAUGGGUGAGAAACGUACUGCUGUUUGUUCUGUUGUAUUGGUGGUGCAGAAUGUGAUGAUUUUUGUCGAAUUAAAUUAUUGCAUUUCAAAGAUAAUUAUAUAGUUACAUUCCAUUUCGUGAUCAGACAUAUCUAGAGAGAACAUUAUCAUUCAUUAAAUUGUAUUUAUUUAUAGAGAGGAGCAUAUCUAUGUUUAUCAGUUAAUUGUGCAUAAUAUCUUUUGUAAGUUCAAAAAUAAUCUGAAAAAUUUUAUGGUGCGAAAGAAAGGUUUAAGUAAUAAUUUAUUUGAAUUUAUUUUUUUUGAUCUUUCGGUAUUUAAAGUUGUGUUGCAUGGAACUAGUAGAAUUUUCGUCAUGUUCCAUAUAACAUGAAAUAUAUUUAUGCUAUGCGUUGUGUGUACCGCAUGAAGAAAGUGGUUUUAUAGUUAUGAGAAAUUGAUCGACUGAUUGAGAUUGAAUAUUGGGUUGUACACACGUUUUUUAUUUAUUUGGAUACGGUUCUCUUACGGCUAGAUUAAAGGAACUAUUACAAUUAAUUAUUUGAUACUUAACACUAAACCAAGUCAGUAAAACAACGAUGCAAUCAUAAAAUACAUUCUUCUACAUAGACUAGUACAUAAAUACUCUAGAAUAGUUUAGUAUUUGUAACAGGCAAUUCGAUUUGGUAUUACAUUACAUGAUACUAACUUUUUGCUAUAUGUAGGCAAUCUCUAGCGUAAUUUUAGAAGUUAGUAGGAAUGAAAAUGCUGAAGAAAUAAUAAAGACGUACAUACAUUUUA